GUGGCACCACUGUGCCAAGCCACGCGAGGCAGCUGGACCUCGCCUUACAAAAGCCACUUCUCGGAGGUUUGCGUUCCAAUUGCAUUUGGUUGUUGAUCGAUAAAUCUCAUUCGACUUCUCAGUUGUUUUGAUCGAUUGCUAGAGAGAUAGAUAGCGAUGUCGCAGCUGGUUGGCAAGGCGAAGAACUUCGUAGCGGACAAAGUGGCUCAUAUGGAGAAGCCCGAGGCAGAUCUCACUUGGGUGUCGGUGAAGGACGUGAGCCGAUCCUCGGUUGUGCUGGAGAGCGAUGUCAUCAUCACCAAUCCUUACGACCACGAUCUUCCAGUCUGCGAGAUCUCCUACGCCUUGUUCAGCAACAACAGGGAGAUUGUCAGCGGCAAAAUCCCCGACCCCGGAUCCGUCAAGGCCAAUGACAAGACCGCGAUGAAGAUCCCGGCUAAAGUUCCAUACAAUGUGCUCUUCACCAUCGUCAAGGACGUGGGAACCGACUGGGACCUCGACUAUGAGAUGAGAGUGGGAUUGACCGUCGACAUUCCCAUCCUCGGCAACUUCACAAUACCACUCUCCAAGAAGGGAUCCUUCAAGCUCCCCCUCCUCCCCUUCUAAGCUCUCGGCUCUCUAGCUGGAAUAUUCAAGGAUAAAAGGCUCUUUAGGAUAAAACUUAAUCAAGGCUAUUUCUAUAUGA